CCCUCAUUUUUUCAAAAUUUCCCCUCUCUCUUCCUCUCAAAUCCUCUCCCCUCUCUCUUCCGUGAGCCGCCGGCCGCCGCGCCGCCGCCCCUCGCUGCCGGCCGCCGCCCCUCGCUGCCGGCCGCCGCCGCCGGUCACUUUCCGGCGGUUUUCCGGCCACUCUCCGGCGGUUUUCCAGCCACUUCCCGGCGAGCCUCCCGGGUCAUUUUUGGCUUCUUUCUCUCGUCCCUCACCCCUCCUUGUGCCUUAGCUACAGUUCUCCUUGUGUUUCCAGGUGUGUUUCUUGUUAACUGUUCUUCCCUGGAGAAUCGAACUGUAGAUUGUAGAACCGAGAACUAUAAUUGCUUGCAUGCUUUAGAAUAGGGUGAGGGAUGCUUGGAGUAUGCAUGGUUCUAUAUACUGGGUAUGUGCUGCCCGUGUACUGAUUGUGGUUGGUUAUGUGUUUCCUGCCUUGUUUCCGGCAUUGUUUGCGAUUCUGCCGGCUGUGCUUAGAACUGUUCGCCUAGGUGGUCCUUAAGUGUGGGGGACGUGAUGAACCCACGCUGUUGGUCCUGACGAGUUUUUCUUGGCUCCACCUUUGGUUUGUUGCUUUUGAAGGAACAUGUCUCUCGACCAUCCAUUUGUGCAGGACUUGCGCCUGCACCCGGAGUACGCGGACAAGUUCCGCGCGGUGACUCGGGGGAAAUUGGCGCGCCACCACCAUCUGGAGUGGGCAGUGUUCGAGCAGCUCCACUGCAUGCAGGAGCUCAGCGCCGCCAUCAGCCACCCCGAUUGGCUCACGCUGCUGACUAUCGCAGAGCCCACCUACACGGAGCUGGUGUGGGAAUUUUACACCACUUUCAAGUACGACAGCAAGGCGCCCCGGGAUUCGUAUGCUGUGACAUUCCGGCUGGGCGGCCACGCCCGGGAGCUGACCAUCGACGGGUUGGCCUAUGCUUUGGGGAUCGAGUACCACCCGUUCGAUCGCCACGAGGUCGAGGUUCCGCACCCGGACGACUGGCGCCAGGACUCGUACUACCGCCGGAUAGCCAGGCGUGCAUAUGGGCAUGACGACUUCGAUCCUGGCCAGACAUACGUCCGCACCCUCCGGCCGCAGUGGCAUAUCCUGAACCUGCUCCUCACUCGCUCCGUCGUCCCCAACGUCACCGGCUCGCAUAAGAUUCCGAAGCGGGUGUUGUAUGCCAUGUACUCGAUGGGGUACCCGGAGCACAUGCUCCACUUGGGUUCUUUCGUGACCACCACCUUCUCCCGGUGCCACGGGAGACCCACUCACCUCUACUGUGGUCCGCUGAUCACUCGUUUGGCGCAGCAUUUCGACAUCAGCUUCCAGGGCCUCCAUGAUGCUUCUGCACGGGGCGGCUCCACCCCCCUCAGCCGGGAAGUGCUCCAUAACGCACUCCUCCUGACCAGCGAUGGCCCCCGCACCUGGGUGGAUGGGCUUUCUCUGCCGCCUGCUGAGGAUGAGGAUCUCGAUGAGGACGAGGAGGACGCUGACUAUUCUGGCGCGGAGGAUGAUGAGGAUGAUGAUGAUGAUGAUGGCGGGGCCAUGGAUGCCGAUGAGCCGGAGCCCUCACUCUCUCCGUCAGGGGACCUUCGGCCACGACGGCGACAGGAGCGAGGUGAGUCCUCCUCCGGUCCUUCUGGUCCGUCGAUGGAUUUCUUCACGGAGCAGUUCCAGCAGAUGGGGCUCCAGUUUCAGCAGCUCGGUCUUCAGAACCAGCAGCUCAUGGACCAUCAGGUCCGGUUCCACCAGCAGUAUUCGGCCCACCAGGCCGAGUACCAGUCCAGGCUGCAGGUUGUUGACGAUCGCCUCGGCCGCUUAGAGACCCAUAUGGGAGUCACGGGUGCUCUCAUCGAGCGGGAGAGAGAUCGAGGCCGCCGAAUGAUGGAGUACUCUGAGCACCUGCUCCAGGCCUGCCACCCACCGGAGGAGCACCACUGGACCACCCGGUGGGAUCAUUCCCCGCCACCACCGCCGGAUGAUGGAGACGACGACCUCGUGAACCAGAUCGACUUCACCAGUCUAGGAGGCGGUUCCUAGUGCCAUGUUUUGAGUGUGUUUGUUUUUAUCAGUGUGCAAACUGUCUUGUGUUGGUUUGGUUUCUUUCUUUUUAUGUUGGAUUCUGUACUAUUGGGCUGACCAUUAGACCUGACGUCUUGUGUUGAGCUCUUUGGUUUCCUUUUAGCUAUGCUUGUCUUGACUGGUCCUCUAUCCAGUCCGCUUCCCUCCGACUGGUCCGUUUCCAGUCCCCUACAGUCCGUGCCUACCGGUAACAUCGUUCUCCUUAUCCUUCCCUCUUCUCCAUUGAGGGCAAUGUCGAUCUUAAGUGUGGGGGGGGUGUUUAUCUUUUGACUGCAUUAGAUCUGUUUGUGUGCUUGGAGCCUAGUCCACUAUCCAAAUUUUUAAAUUUGAGGGCUCCAAGUACGUGUUUCCUUGCAAUUGCCUGCUCAGUAUGCUUUGAAUUGACAGUCUUUAUAGUAAUAUGCAACCUAGGGAGGUAGUGUAGCACUAUGGAGGAUGUUGAUGCAUUUAAGAAGUCUCAUUUCUUCUUCAUAUUGAGUUGGUUGAUUGAGUGAAUUAGUGAUCUUAGGACCCUUGAAUUGUGUGGUGUUGUGGAUUCUCUACCGGUCGUGGACUCUUGUAUCAUGUUUUGAAAAUAACAGGUGCUCAGAAAUGUGCUUCAAAAUAACGUCUCCCGUGCGAAUAGGGCGAAAGUGUGUAAGGGGAGACGGGAAUUCGUUCCCAAUUUCCACCUACUACAUCCAGCCCCCUUGCAUGGCUUUCCCCCGCACGAGGCUCGAGACAUCCGCUCCUGGCAUGGCCGGUAAGAGCAGGUUGGGACCCUUGAAAAGAAAAGAAAAGAAAAAAAAAUAACAGAAAACAAGCAAAACGAAAAAAAGGGGUUCCAACCAUCUUCAAGAAGAAAAUAGAGCACCUAGAAAAAAUGUGAGUCCAUGAUCUUUUGUUUUUGAGAAUCUCUUCAUCCACGAGUCAUUUGUCCUCUGUUCACUAUUUGCCAUGAUGCCGACUCGAUAUUAGUGCUCUCGCCGAAGAAGUUAGGAGAUGACUUGUGCGUCGGUUGACCUCGUAAGCUGCUAAAUGAUCUAGGAAGUCCUCUACCUACGAUCUGGGUUGUUUGUUGCUAUAGAGGUCUGGAGAGUUGCAUUGGUUUGAGUUAGGUUUGCUUGGGGACAAGCAAACGGUUAAGUGUGGGGGAGUUUGAUAGACCGAUAAUUACACGUAUUUUCACCCCUAUUCUUGAGCCGUUUGAAAGGUUAAUUCUCGGGUUUUAAGCAGAUUUCACGCAAGGUUGUGUGUUUAUGUCACAUUUCAGGACCCGGCGUUGGAAUCAAGGCGAAGGAACGAGAUUCGGGUCGAAAGGAGCAAACAAGGAUUGAAGUGGGCUGGAGGAAGAAAAUACCCGGCCAUGACCGAAAAUACCCGGCCGGGUAUAUUUCUAAAGAGGCCGGGGAUUUCCCUUUUUGACCUCUGAGAAACAGAAGGGGGCCCGGACAAAUGCCUUAAAUCCCCGGUCGGGGAUUAUGAGGACAGACCGGGGAUUUUUCCCUUAAAUGAAACGGUGAGUUUUGC